AUGAUGAGCGCGGCAUCUUUCGCGAACCCCAUCGGCGGUCGCCCACCUCAAUACCGUACUCCGUCUCCUCCGUUACGCGCCGUCGAGCCCAUCACUCCAUCAACAACCACAGACUUCUCCUCCCUUUGGGCUGCUCGCGGACCUCCCAGAGCAGCCAGUCUUGAUCACGAUCAAAGUCUGUCAAAUCACAAUCGAGAUGUUACGGAAAGUGGCUCGCACCAGCGGUCGGGCCAUGGCCGCUCAAAUUCGACCAUUGACACACUUGCGACGAUCGCACUCGCAACCAGCCCUACAUUCGCUCCACUACCUCCAAAUCCGCCUUCUCCGGGCCUCCGAUCUUCAAUUCCUCUAUUUCCCUCUGACUCCGCGGAUUCUGAGCGCCCAGCAAAGCGAGCCCGGUCGGCGAGAAACCGGUCACCCUACCGCCCGCGGCCAGGAGCGCCCACAGAAAAUGUCCGGCCAGCUGGAUUGGAAAGCAUGACAACCGAUGCCGAGCUUCUGCUCAACCUUGCGCGCCCGACCUUCCACGGGGCGAACUUUCCCGGAAAUCACUCCAAGAGAGUCAGCAUUGACGAGUCCUUCAAUCAAUAUGCAGAUGAUGCGAUGCAUCAACCUCGAGUUGGAUUCUCCAAUGGCGGAUACACGGACCAAGGCGAAAUGAAAGCAAGCCACGUCCCCAAUGAAAUUCCCACAUCCCGAAUGCGCUCUCGUUCUGAUGGGUCGGCCUUCAUCUCCCGCCCUGAGAUUCGAGGGAUACGUCCCACUACAAGUGCCGGUACUCUGCCACCCAUUGUGUGGGAGGACGAGCGCGAAAAUACCUCCUGGGAUCCGUCAGCGAUACCCUUCGAAGGUCUUCCGUCCACCGCGUCUCCGAUACCUCACUUUCUACACCAGACGCCCACAUUUCCGCCACCAACGGAGUCCGAUGAAAGUGACACCAACUUGGCAAGCUGUGCAGGAUGCCAUCUAGUGCGAAUUCCAGCCGAUAGCGAAGAGCAGGAUGAAGAUACGUGGAUCAACUGCGACGGAUGCAAUCGAUGGUUCCACAUUGUUUGUGCUGGUUUCAAGACGGAUCGGGAAAUUCGCACAAUUGACAAGUACAUUUGCCGGCUAUGUCGGACGACGUUUGGCCAAACCACUUUUGUGCGCAAGUCUUCCAGGGCACGCACGGCCAUUGACUACGCCGGACUCAACCAAGGCCUCGUCAAGGCUGCCAGUGAUUCACUCGAGCAUCACUACCUUGAGCCCAUUCGUCAAGGCAAGAUUCGAUUCCAACCCGAAAAAUUCCCUCGAAUGAAGCCAGAGCUCGUAACGGCGGAAUACUUUGAGCGAGGAAAUGGAUGGACCGAGCCCAUUGUCAUUCCUGCCGGCUGGAACACCUCCAAACCAGUGACCCCCGAAGAGGCUACAUCCGAGAUUGAGUCCUUGGCCCAGGAAGCCUCUUCCCAGGAGAUGUUUGAUGAGCUGCUUGAGCACAUUCCGGAGCACGAACCACAAGUGGAAGAGACUAUUGACUGCGGUCAGGAUCUCCUGGGCAUGGUCAUUCCGCAAGGCCUCACCGUGCGCGCUGUGGCGGAGCUAUACGGGCCCGAUGAGAGGGUUGAGGUGAUCGAUGUCAAAUCUCAACAGGGCGAGGACAAACGAUGGAACAUGCAAAAAUGGGCUGAUUACUAUGAAAGCACGGAACCAGACAAGCCAGUCAGAAACGUCAUCAGUCUGGAGGUCUCGCAGAGCAAGUUGGGUAGACUCAUUCGCCGGCCCAAGAUUGUACGCGAUCUCGAUCUGCAAGAUGCCGUGUGGCCAGAUGAAUUAAAGGCCAUUGGAGACUAUCCCAAAGUCCAAUUCUACUGCCUGAUGUCUGUCGCCGACUGCUACACCGACUUUCACAUCGACUUCGGCGGGUCUUCCGUGUACUACCACAUCCUAAAGGGCAGCAAGACCUUCUUCUUUAUUCCACCCAAAGACAAACACCUCAAGAAAUAUGAAGAAUGGUGCAAUUCGCCCGCUCAGGACUCGAUAUUCCUUGGCAAUCAAACAAAGGAGUGCUAUCGUGUGGACCUCUCCGAGGGCGACACUAUGCUCAUCCCGUCUGGCUGGAUUCAUGCGGUGUGGACUCCGAAGAACAGCCUUGUGAUUGGCGGUAACUUCCUUACCAAACUGAACUACGGGAUGCAAAUUAAGGUGCUCAACAUUGAAAAGGACACCAAGGUCCCUAAGAAGUUCAGGUAUCCCUUCUUCCAGAAGAUACAGUGGUACACAGCUUUGAAGUAUUUGGAGGACGACCCCAUACCGCAGAAUGUGCUCGAUGCUUUCAUGCAGGAUGAAAACUAUCGUUUCCACCGCCAAUAUCCGAUCUAUUACGAAUUUGGUGAGCGUGCCAACCAAGAACCUCGGGGACACCCCCUGCACAACGCACGUUUCUAUUCACAGGCGGAGUUGGAAGGUCUUCCAGAAUUGACCAGGUACCUAUUGCGGACUGCGCUCAUUGCGGGAGGCUAUUCUGUCGAUGGAAACAUCUCUGUUGAAACCCGAAACGCCGUCAGGCGCUCCAUUCCAAAAGGAACUGGUGACCCCGUAGACAUCAUCAGAAGAUUUGGUGUCUGGGUGGCUUGGAAGCGUGGUAACGAGAGGUCUCCCUUGUGGACUCGGCCCGGUGUUAUUGAAAGCAACCCCAAGGUGUCUCUAGUGGACAAGAAGCCAGCGGGGCGUCCUAGUCGUCGGUCUGAACGCAAUGCUGACAACCAACGAACCUACGCCGAAAGGCAAGCGGUUCAAUGGCCUUCAGAAGAUAUCCCAGCAACGCCGAUUCCUCAGCAGGGCACCCAAGUGUAUUCGCAGUCCGAGGAGAGUUCAACUCCGGCUCCAUUCAACUCUACUACUCAAGAACUCGGCAUCAAAGAAUCCAUCACCCCCAAGCCCCGUGUCGUCCAACGAGGCUCGGGCCUUGGACCGAAGCGAGUGGCAUGUGACGCAUGUCGCAAACGACGCAUCCGAUGCCGGCACAAGGAUGAGCCUGGCGAUUUGGUGCUGAAUGGGCAGGUGGCAGUCAAUACCUUCACGCCCGGCUCAGGGGUGAGCACACCGUCUUCUCUCGCCCAGGAUGCGGUUUCUGCCUUGAACUCGCUGGCAGCAAUUGCGUCUCAAACUGGAUUCUCAAACAAUGGCCAUCUUGUCGACCUUGAACGUUUUGAAAGCUCUGCACGAUUCCAGUCAGCGGUCAUGGGAAACUCAACAGCGGCUGCUAAUCGUCUUAUUGAUAUAAGCCCUGACGGUGCCAAUGGUGGGAAGAAAGGGCGCAGCAAGGCGUGUGAUGAUUGUCGAAAAAGCAAGCGUCGCUGCAUUCAUGAUGAGUAUGGCCGCAUAGAUCCGAUCAAAGCCCAAGAGCGCUCCAAGCCUCGUGCAAAUGCCUCUGCGAAGCGAGCACGUCCUGCCGAAGAAGAAGAAUCUCCUGUCACGGCAAAGAAGACAAAGCAGGAGAGCACAUCACCCACAACCAAGCCAGCAGCUUUCUUCCAUCAUGGCGACGGAGACGAGCAGAUGCGACAGCCUGAGUUCAUGGAGCCUUUUGGCCCCGACCUGAAAGCAAGUUCAAGCAACUAUCUGCCUGAACAAAGCGACGCACCUCGGGAUGAAGCUUUGUAUGUCUCACCGCCCGCCUUUCAGCCUGAUCCCGUGGAUGCAAAGGAUUUGAACACCAUGCAUGUGUCUUCGUCGCAACCAAACACAUCCUUGGUAUCACCGCCCACGUCGCUGGCCGACGAGAUGGAUGGGGUCCAAGAAGGGGAAGAAGCUGUACAAUCUGUGGAAGGAGAAGCUCCUGCUGCCCUUCACACCCCGAAUUCCAGCUCUCGGCACUCGUCUCGUCAGCCACGGCAUGUUGAUCGGUUUGCGCCCGAAGCAAUCCCGACUCGAGCCCCUAAGCCUGCAGCACAUGCAAGGGCCUCCACUUUUGGCGCGCGCAAGACAACACCCCCGCCGCCGUCCUCGACAAGAAAACCUUCCUCGCGGCCCUCGUCCUCACAUGCGAAAAAGAGCUCUCCCAUGUAUGAGAAGCACUUCCAUCGUCAUGCCCCUACAUCACUAUCCCCGCGUCAGCACAAGCAUGUUCAACAUGUGACGGGGGAGGAGGAAGGGGAUGAGGAAAGUCUCCGUUUGAUACGAGAGCUCCAGGAACAAGAAUUUGGUUUACGGAAACGAUCGACACGCGUUUGA